CCUCACACAGUCGGAUUGCCUUUCGUUUUGUCGGCUAGUGCGAAUGGUAGCCGAAUUUGUUUUGAAAACAUGGCGCUGACACUUUCAGAGGACUUGAUACGGAAUAGAGUCGGUUUGCAGCAUGAUAAUUUAGAGGAUGUUAAAUCUCUUGCUCUACCAGGUACCUACCAUGAGAAGGUUGUCAGUCUUGGAACAUCUCUACGCAAGUUUUCCAGACUUAAACAUCUUGAUCUGUCCAGGAACAAUAUAUCCAGUUUGCAGGGUUUGGAACACUUGAAGCUUUUGGAAAAGUUAAAUCUGUACUAUAAUAAUAUUGAAACUUUAGAAGAGUUAAAGCGAUUGAAAUACAACCCUAACUUGAAGGAGCUUGAUCUACGUUUAAACCCAGUGACUCGCACAGAAACAGACUAUAGGCUAUAUCUCAUACACAUGCUGCCUAACCUGCAGAAACUAGAUGAUCGUGGUGUACGAGACAGAGAGCGACAGGGUGCCCUAAUACAUUAUAGUUCUAGUCAAGCUACAGAAAUGACACAUUUCCCCCACCAAGAGGAACCACAGUCCAGGCCCCCUAACCCAAGGGCAGAGCAUGUGAAAACUGUUGGAAGUGGAAGAGUUUUAGAUGAUGAUGAUGUUGAAAUAUUGGAUCUCAUAGCAAGAACUGGAGGAGACUUGAGCAAGGCAAGACCACUUACAGGAUCAAAUGUAAAAGAAGCUUCAGUUGAAGACUAUUCCAUUGUUGGUCUUAAAAAGCUUUCAAGGCAACCAGAAGAUUUACCAGAAACUCGGCCUCACCCAAAGAAAAACAAGGCACCUUCUGAGAUAGACGAGGUAAUGGCUGUAUACAAGAAGAAAUAUCCAAAUAUCCCUGAUGUGCUGUUGUCCCAGGCUCCUGAUGAAGCCCAUCAGCUUCUUACCAAGGAUCCCAACCUCGAGUUUGAUGAUGAAGCAGACGCAUAUUCUAAAUUUAAAAGUCAUGGCUACUUUACCCCGAACCCUGCCACAGGUGAGGAGGGAGAGGAGACAGGCACUAGUUUUGUAAUGGCAGAACGAGACUCUUACCCACCCCCACCUGCCAGGGUGCAGCUAGAGAGAACACGAGGUGCUGACCCUGAUGAGGAUUUAGAUAAUGGCCCAGGUCAUAGACGUUCAUACAGUGUACCAGUGGAUAGACUACAGAAUGAGGGUUAUGAUCAACCAAGAGCAGAAAAAUAUUCCGAUAAUGAGCAGCCCGUUGGAAGGAGAACUGCAGAGGAGCUUCCUGCUAGUACAAAAAAUACAUCAUCAAGGUCUGAGAACCCAGAAUCCAGACUGUUCCUGUUCCAGAUACUUGAUCUCGUUGAUAGAUAUUGGAAUGGAUCAAAGUCUUUACAUAAAAAUAACAAAUUUAAAGGAUUAGCAUAUCGUGCUGUGGACGACUAUUUGCGGACUGAGACUGGAGAUUCUCAGAAGAUUGAAGUACAGCAACUCAAAGAUGAGUUGGCCGAGAUACGUAAAGAAAACAAGAGAUUACGGCGAAAUGAAGACUUGACAAAAUCUAGUCUGGAAGAUAACCUUGCAACAGAGGCACAUUUAAAAGCCUCACUGCAAAAAGCUUUCACUGAUGUGGAGAUGUUGAAAGAUAAGAUACAGUCCUACGCAGCAGAAAACAAAAGGUUACAACAGAAAAUUCAGAAUCAGGACUCCUACAACAGCACACAGAAUGUGAAUCAAACACAGAUAGAUGAUAUACAUACUGAGAAUGACAAGCUCAGGAGAGAACUAGAGAAACAACAGAUCCAGCUGAAACAGUUCAAACAACUACAUGAACUGUCAAGUAUGCUACAGGAGAGUCAUAAGUCACUUGUGCAGACCAAUGAUCAUCUGUUGAAGGAGCUAGAUGAAUCAAGACAGCGGCACCAACAUGAAGUGGAGCAAUUAAACUGGAGCUAUAAUCAGUUAAAAAAAUCAAUGCUGGGUACCAGCACACAUACAUACAAGGGAGAUAAUAAUGCUUCAGCAAUAUUGUACGAUAGUGAUAAUUAGAUAUGAAUUGAAAUAAACUUUAAUUAUUGAAAUUAGAAAGCUGUGCAUGUGACAUCUUGACCUCAGUAAUAACCUAAUAAAACCAUGUUUGUUUUCUCAGAGGUCAGAAGGAGAAAUGGAGUUUCUUUGAAAUGAAUAGUUUCUGAUUAUACCGUUGUAUUGACUGUGAUAAAGUUAAAAAUGAAAUUCAGUCAAGACUUGGCCUUGCUCUUAAAAGGUUUGGCCUGAGAAUCAAUUAUGGCCUGAGUUAAAUACUUUGUAUCAUUCAUUGUUACGGACCCAGUAAACAAAAUUCUGGGGAAUUAUGUCCCAUUGUCAUGAAGAAAUCUGUGAUAUGUAAAUACUAAGAUCUGGGUUUUUUUUAAUAUAUUCAGUCAUGUUAUAAAAAAUCGAUGUUUCUUGCUGUGAUAAGUUUAAGUUAACACUCCUGAACAAAAUCAUACUUCAUGUUCCAGUGAAUUUAACCACAAAGAAUCAAUGUUGUGUCCCCAUUUACACAGACUUUGCUGUUUAUGAAAGUGUAUUCAGUUGUAUUAAGCAGAUUUAUAACAGGAGAGUAAUGAACAAUAUGUGUAUAGUUAAUCAUGUUAUUCAGAAAAGUGUGCAAUUUUUAUUCACAAGCCUAAACAUAUAUACAUUUGUAGUUUGUGUGUUACUCUGAUUCAUAUAGAUUGGUAAUACAUUAUAUCAUUUUUCUUUCCUAAUUAUUUAUUGUUAUUUUCUCAUCUGUACCAUUGAAAAGGUAAGGUAAUACUUUAAGUGACCUGAUGCAGACUUCUUUGUUUUCUACACACAAAGGAAAUACCUUUGAAAUCUUGACCAUGUCCCUUUUGCUGGGGAAUAAAGCAUUUUUAGCAAAUUAAUUUUGUGUAUGCUUGUUAUUUUGUUAUUGGCAAUGUAGAAGAGCUUAUAAAAUUGCAUGAGAAUUUCUAGGAACAGAAUCUCAUUUUUUUUGCUGAAUUCAAAUGCAUGUUAUAUUCUGGUUUUUCGCUUUGGCUGCCAAUUUACAUUAGAAUGGUACAUUUUAUAAGACAUAUGCUGGAAGACUUAAACUCAUCUACAUUGUUUUGGUCAACUUCCUUUUGCUGUGUGAAAAAAAUUCAAUACUGGACAUAAUAAAACUUGAGAAGUUUUCAAUGUAGAUGACAUACUGCGGGGUAUGUCCAGUAGUGUCACAAGCCAGUAUAUUUACAAAAUGCCUGUCAUAUUUUUUGGAACUUUUGCUAAUAUUAGAAGAAAUUGGAUUGCUUUUCUUCCAACUGAAAUUUUUUAUGUUAAACUGGAAAUGUAAAGGUUGUUUCCUUCUACAACACAUUUGUUCAGUUCUGUUGGUGUUUUAGUAUAAAUAUGAUUAAUUGGUUGUUUUUGUUUGGAAGCAUUUGAUAUAGAAAAUGGAGUUACCUUGCUUGUCAUUAGAAACUUCGACUACACACUGAGCAAAAUUUCUAACUACCACCUGGAUUUUUCAUUUCUUGAGAAAAAAUUAAUUUAUACAAUGUAACAUUUAUUAAAAUGUUCCAUGACUGAUGUCAGUAGAAAAUGUCAUCAAAAACAAGUGAGUGGUUCAGUCGGUACACAUCAUUAGAAGGUGGUCAGUCACACAUAAACAAAAUCUUAUGACAUUUUUCACUUUUGAUGUAUUCUAUCAGAGAUUUAUUUAAGGAACAGAAAGACUCAUUACAUAAAAUAAGUUCCAUAUCAGAAAUUUAUAUUUUACCUUUUUAUAAAAUUUUCUAAAUUACACCCCCACCCCUUUACUGUGAAAGUAUUGGGAAAGCUGAGUAUUUCUUUUGAUUUCAUUGUAAUUUCUAGUUUUACAAUUGCAUUUAAUAGACAAUGAUGUUUCAACAACCUGAACCAAAGUACAAGUUUUUAAGUGUCCUAAUUUAGUUAUUGUGCGCACCCCCUCCCCCCUCAUGAGUGGUGGGGGCAUAUAGAUUUGCUCUUGUCCGUCCUUCCGAAAAUGUGUCGCAUCUAGCUCCAAAAUUAUUUGACCUAGAGUCACAGAACUUUACAGGAAUGUUGGUCAGCAUGUGUAGUUGUGCACCUGGGGUUUAGCGUCCGGAUUCAUUCAGUAUUGUAUGAGUUAUGGCCCCUGACUUUGUAAAAAUUGGUCAUUUUAGUGUUGUAUCGCGCCUAGCUUCGAAAGUUUUUGACAUAGAGUCACAAAACUUCACAGGAAUGUUGGUCAGCAUGUGUAGUUGUGCACCUGGGGUUUCGCGUCCAGAUUCAUUCAGUAUUGUAGGAGUUAUGGCCCCUGACUUUGUAAAAAUUGGUCAUUUUAGUGUUGUGUCGCGCCUAGCUUUGAAAGUAUUUGACGUAGAGUCACAGAACUUUACAGGAAUGUUGGUCAGCAUGUGUAGUUGGGCACCUGGGGUUUCGUUUCCAGAUUUAUUCAGUUUUGUAGGAGUUAUGGCCUCUGACUUAGUAAAAUAUUGGUCAUUUUAAUGUUGUGUCGCGCGUAGCUCCAAAAGUAUUCGACCUAGAGUCACCAAAGUUUACAGGAAUGUUGAUCAGCAUGUGCAGUUAUGCACCUGGGGUUUCGCGUCCGGAUUCAUUCAGUAUUGUAGGAGUUAUGGCCCCUGACUUAUUUUGUUUUUUAAGUUUUUUCAUUACACAAGAGCAGACUUCUUGUCCAGACUUACUCAAAAAAAAAAGUUUGUGAAACAUGUAUGUUAAAAUGUACUUGACCUAGAAUCAUAAAACAUUAUAGGAUUGUUUUAUAGCCUGUGAAGUGUCCUCUUUAGGAUUUUACUCAGCUAGGCCAGAAUUAGGGCUAACUAAGUGAAAAAUACACAUAAGGUUCUUAAGUUUGUGUUGCAAACAUCUUAAAAAAUAUUUAACCUGAGUCAUAAAACUAUGUUACAGUGGCAGGAGAGGGGCACCUGUGUCCUAUGGACACACAUCUAGUUUUCAGUUUAUCUUGAUUGUGCAACUAAAGAUUUGCAUGUUUUUUUUGUGAAUAUGGAAGAUGCAUCUAGCUAUUGCAGAAGGUACUAACAUAAUCGCCCAAAGUCGUUAAUAACAAGCAAUUGCCUUACAAAAAUAUUGAAAUAUUUUUGUCUUAAGAAACUAUUAAAAGUUAAACCUACUAAAAAUACUAUGUUUUCUACAAAAGAUAGUUAAAAAUCAGCAACACCACUUCACUUGUUUAGGCGGUAUGCCUUAUGAAAUAUACUGCUCUUGUUCGUAUUUUUGCUUUAAGAUACAUACAUUAUGUAACAUUUAGGUGCACUAAUUCACGAUUUUAUGGAUACAUACAGACAAGAAAUUAUUCGUGGUUGAAGCUAUAACUAUGUAUACGACUUCUGAUAAUCAUGGUUACCUCUUACAUUAUAAGUUAACGUUGGCUUCGAGUUAUAAAAGAAUAUAACCUCGCAAGUUUGCUAGUAAAUUUUAUUGAACGAACAUUUAACUGCUACAAAACAUAUUUAAAUACAUUAACAAAAGGUAAAUUGCAAACAUAAUUGGCUCAUAAAAUCAUAGAUACACUCUUACGAUACCAUAAACAUAUAUAUUUGUUAGAGCAAUUUGAAUAUUUUAUGCGUCCUGCUUGUAAGUUAAGAUACACUACAAAAGUAACGUAAGUAUCAUUAGAUUGAAUGACAUGGGUAUGAGAGAAAAAUACAUUCAAGUUAGAUGUAUUAUGUGGCAAAUAUGAUUGUUAUUUACCAACAUUAUGUGUCUGAUAACACAAAUUUAAGUUCAUUUAAUAAAGCUUUUCUUGGAAACAUUUAUGAAAAUCUACCAUAACUCGUAUUAAACUUGUCAAAUCAUAAAACAUACAACUUUACCAGAAUACUUCUUUACAACAAAUGUUUCUGUUGUGGUUGUACUUUUGUAAUGAAACCGUUGACAUAUAAUCAGCAUAAUCUUAUGCACAAUAUGACAAUAAAGUCUUGGUUUACCAUCUGAUCAGAAAUAUGCUGAUGGUAACGUAUGUAUCCCAACUUAAGUAUAACGAUUCAAUUCAUUUGCAGGCACCAAAUAUCGUUUUCAGUAUUGCCAUCAAAUUAAAGCCGUCCAUUGUAAAUCAAAAGAACAAAUAUUUCUUACGACUGUCAAAUUAAUGAUUCGUAUUUUCAAAGCCGGCUUUGAUAAUCUCGUCCUCUUGUAUAUUUGUAAGGUGGCAGCCCUUAUAGCAAGUGCUUUUGUCGCUGUAUCUAUGAAUCACACAACGUCAAGCUGUAUAUAAUGAUAUGCACGCCAAACAAUGCUUAUUCAAAUAUUAAAAAAAUAAAUGUAACCACAAGUCACCGUGUCUGAAAUAUUUCCAAAAAAUGAAGAACAGAUGAUUUUAUUUAAGUUGAGCACCACUGCAUUCAUGCACCAAGCAUCACCACAAUCCGACAGUUCUACAUAUAAAAUUUCUUUCAGAAUGAACAGUUUUGUUAAGUCUGUAUUUACUGUAAAGACUUUUUCAAAAUCUAUUUACAUUCUUGAAAAAUGAUUUAAAAGUGUAUCAUGCUUGGAACAAAAGUUUAUGCCCUUUUACUGGAAGAUUUUUACCUUAACAGUAAAUAAAGGUAGCUGAUUUAUUUUUACGGCAGAGAUUAGUUUUGAGGUAUCAAUUUUAACAGAAAACGAUAAAAAAAAAGUAAUGUUACGUGGCGUACAUUCUAAGUCAGCAAUACAGACACUAUCAUUUCGGUUAAAAGCCCGAGCUGGAACAACCAAAGCCUAUUCAACAACUAAGAAACAGAAUCUCCAGACUACGAAAGAAACCUGGUACAUUUUCACAAGGAAUGUAUAAUGUCAUCUUGACAGUCUGUUUAUUUGGUUUUUUUUCUUAUUUUCUCUCCUCCCUUCAUUGUUUGUCCAAGGAUUUAGCAGGGAGGUAGUAUUUUCACUGUCUGAUACUCUCCUUUUCAAGGAGCGCACUGCCUUUAGCUUUCUCACGUUCACGAUACUUCUUUUGAACUUCAGCCCAUGUUUACUUGAUGUGCAACCCACCACAAGUCAACAAUGAGUAAUGUAAUUAUUACUGAUAUACGAGUAAUUAUUACUGAUAUACGCACACAUACACCAAUAACGAAUGUAUUGAUACAUACGUUACCGAUCACUGUGCUAUAUUGUGCCACGGGUAUGCUGUUUCCAUUCAUUUUGUUUUUAAUAAAAUGUCAAAUAUGUAUCUUUAUAAUAAAAAUUCAAUGACAUACGACCAGUUUUGUAAACGAAACCUUAUAAUAAGAAAUAAAUAUCAACGCAUGUUUUAUCAUAUUUUAAAAAUAGAAUUUGCAUGACAUGUUUUGAACAAAAAUAGUGUUAAAAACAAAACUUUUCAGCAAAUUUAAACACCGGAGUGUUUUAUCUUGGAACCUUAACUUCAAAAAAAUAAAAGAAGCCUUAUGUUGUAUAAAAUGGAGAGUCAAUAAAAUAUCAAGUAUCUAAGAUACUUACGUUACCAUACGUAACGUGUGUAUCAAUAGUUUGUACAGUGUUUAUGGCGUACUCAGUAUGUAUAACAACACAAAUUAAAUUCAAACAAACAAUAUGACUGUCAUGUAAUCACAAACAGAUUUUACUUUAAGAUAUAUCAAAUUUACUUACUAUUUAUACCGUACGUUAUCAGGGGAGCCCGUUGGACAUUUUCAGAAAAAGACAAUACAUCUUCAAGGACAAAUGUGCGACUUUACAUGUGUGAAAUCUGCGUCUUAUGACGUAGACGAUACAAAGUGAUGACAUUAUCAAUUAAAACAGUGACACUUUCUUGUUUAUGUUAUUUUAAAUUAGGCUGGUCACGUUUGUAUCGAUCACGUUUGUAUCAUUUUGCCAUUUCUAAUGCCACUUGAAUUAAGAAGGACCUCUGCUUCAUAAUAGAUUUAUUGAAAAUGCAUGCACUGUUUUGGCAUGAAAAAACUACACUUAGUUCAACAUGAAUUGCUGUGAUUUUUAAUGUCUUAGAAUAAAGGUAACAUUUGUAUCAUGGAAAGUGGAAUCUUUACAUAAGGAAAAUUUAAGUGAAAAAUAUAUCACUACUUAGUAUAUCUUGUAUCAAAUAUUAUAGCCUGUAGUUGUAAUGAGACUAGAAAUAACCUUAAAAAGCACAUAAAACGCUAUUUUUCAUACGUCAAGCUUAUAUAUUCAUAGUAGAAUAGAUGCAUAACGUAAGUAUCCCAUCAUCGGCGUCAUACCUGUUUUAUUGUUUAGAAAUCGUAAUAACACAAAUAUGCACAUUGUGAAGCAGUUAUUAGUAAUAAGGGAAUAUGUAUUUUUUGCAUUUACUAAAAAAUCCGUCAUUAACUCUAAAAGAGAUCGAGCGUUGUUAAUUUUUGUGUAAAACUUGCACGUGGCGUCAGUAACGUAUGUAUCAUUUUAAACUGUCUUUAGUGAUUUUUUUUAGAUUAUGGAUCAGAUAAAUGUAAUUGAUAUUAGGUAACAAGUAUGAACAUGUAUUUAUUGAAAUUCUAGUAUAUUUAAUUUGCCCCUGAUGCCUAUGUUUAAACGACCACGGUAAGGAACACUCAAUUGUUCGUCAUUAACGACUUUGGGCGAAUAUACUAGGUGCAAGAAUCCCUUAUCUGAGGUGUUGUUAUUGUGAAAUGUUUUCAAGGUUGUGUAAUUUUGUCAGCUGUUCUGACAUUACUACCAAAGUUUUCUGUGUAAGUACAACAUUGCCUUUACAAAUGUAUUAACAUUGGAACUGUGAGAUUACAUGUACAUGUAUUAUUUUGCUAAAAAUAUUUCAGUACUCAGGUGGUCAGUUGAAAACUUUGUUGUGUGAACUAGUUUUUUUUCCCCAAUCUUAGAUCAGGUAUAUAUAUUUUUUCUAUGUUAGUUGGUAUAAAAAUUGUUUGCUUCAUAGAUGUGUUUGAGCAACUGACAGACUGGAAAAAUGUUGCAUAUUAAAAGUAAAAAUGCAAGCAACAUUUUAAGAAUCUUGCCAUUUAUUACUGUUCUGUAGUGUUAAGUAUGUUUUGUGUUCCCUAACUGGAGAUGGCAUUUUAUCCCUAAUCAUAGUUCAUGUUCAGGCAGAAAAUAAAAAAUAAUAUUUUUG